AUGAACCAAAGAAAUACAAUCCAGCCAGUGAGAAGCAAUAACUCAACGAAAUUAGCUGUUCCAGCUCGACAUUCUCAUACCACUUCAGUGUCUUCAUUUAACAAUGCAAGUUUCACAACCCAAUUUUUACCCAACCAACCAAAACCAACAAGAACAGGAUCUAGUAGUGGCCAUUAUAGAUUAUCCCGAACAACUACAAAUACUACCGGAGAUAAUUAUUCAACGCAAGACACACAAAGUAUUGCCACUAUAGACAAAGUGCCGCCCUCAAAACCAAGUGCAACUUAUCUGGAUAAGUUAUGGACGCAAAUUGAUGUAUUGGAUGAUGUCAAAAAGAUGGCUGAAGAAGUUAGAGGCAAAGGUUCGUUUUUCAAUGACAACUUUAAUCUACAAUUGAAGAAACUUAAGGAGCUGCAGGAUAAACUAUUGAAUACUAUGUCGACUCAACAAUUUAAUGAUUUCAAUUCCAAAGAACAUCAAAAGCAACAUUUUUACCAAUUGAAUACUAUAAGUCCAACAGUACACCCUUCUGAUAAUCUAUUCAAAGAGCAUAAAAUACUUCAUGAGGAUGAAGAAAAACAGAAUCAAGAACAAAAAAAGCAAGCCAAACAAGAAAAGAUCAAUUCAUUUUUCAAAUCCGACGACAAGCAAGAGGACCUAGAAUUUAAAAACCAAACUAUAUAUCGUAAGGAGAAUUUUGAAGAGAUAAAUCAGUAUGUUUCACAAAUCAAGAAAGAUUUGAAAGGACUCGGGGAGUCUAUGAAACAAUUUGACGAAUCUACAAGAGAAAUUUGGUAG